ACGUUUUUAUGUUUAAAUUGGAGACUCAAGUUUGAAUUUGAUGGGAAAAAAAAAAGAUCAGAUACCAGCAUGUCCAAAUCAAGAAUAUUAAUAUGCCAAGGACUUGUUUCUCCUAAGAGCAAGUCUUAUGGUGCAAGAGGGCAUGGAAGUUUAAUCCUUGAGUCCUUAUAAGUUGUAAUCUUGUCCAAUUUGCUGUGUGAAAAAAGCUUUCCAUGAGCCUAGUCAAGACAUUAUGGAUGCAUGACGAAAUUGAUACCAACUAAGAGAGUUGACAUCCAAUGUGUAGAAACUUCAAUUUGUUGGAAGGCAGAUUCAAAACUAAACCCUUUGUUCCGUUGACUUCAAUAUCUUAAAUGUCAUUCAUCGUCUCAAAAACUAAAACAAUCAAAUUAUGAUCAAUCUGAGUGUUAUUUGUGCCGUAAUUGUCAAUAGGUUUCUUAUUUUUCUUCAGUUUUCUCUCUUGUUUUUUGUGUUUCAGACCUGCUAUGCAGUAGAUAACAGCACCAUUACACCAACCAAAGCCAUAACUGACUCUCAGACACUAACUUCCAGCGGCGGGGUAUUCAAACUCGGCUUUUUCAGUCCUCCUAAUUCUACACAUCGUUAUGUCGGGAUAUGGUAUGAAUUUGAUCCGAAACAAAACAUUGUAUGGGUUGCAAACAGGGAUAAUCCAUUAAAAGAUUCAUCAGGAACCUUAAGAAUUGCAGACGAUGGAAAUCUUGUGAUUGUAGAUGGACGAGGGGUUCUUUAUUGGACUACAAAUGUGUCUGGUAUUACUGCACCUAAGAAUUCAGUUGCGGAGCUAUUGGAUACUGGAAAUCUUGAGUUUAGAUUGCUAAAUGAGUCUGUAUGGCAGAGUUUCGAUCACCCAACCCAUACUUUUCUUCCAGGGAUGGAGAUUGGUGGAAGUACAUUAACGGGAAAGAAACUAGAGCUUACAUCUUGGAAAAGUGAAUCUGAUCCUUCAACAGGUAUUUUUUGGCUCAUGCUCGAGCUACUUGGCGAUCAUCCUCAGCUGGUCGUCCGGAGAAAUGGGUCUAAUUCUCGACUUUGGCGAAGUGGUCCGUGGAAUAGUAUAAUAUUCAUUGGCAUAGCUGAGAUGACAUAUGCUCAGGCUUUCUCUUUGUCAGAAGAUAAUAUGUAUAUAAGCUUCAAAGAUCCUAAUAAAAUGUACCCGCAAUUCGUAUUGCAUCACCACGGAACAUUCUUUGGGGAGCAAUGGGAUGCGGAUCUGGACAACUGGUAUGAUUUUUGGUCAUCACAAAUUAAUAACUGUGAUACUUAUGGAACGUGUGGCUCUUUCGGUAGUUGCAAUCCAUCAAAUUUGCCAAUUUGCAGUUGUCUUAUAGGAUUUAAACCAAAGUUUGAAGAUGAAUGGAGUGAGGGGAAUUGGUCAGGUGGGUGUGUCAGAAAUACGCAAUUGGAGUGCCAAGAUAGCGGCUUCGGGAACCCAGACACUGUUGAUGGAUUCCGAAAACUGGAAAGCGUGAAAGUCCCUGAUAAUGCUAUUGUUUCCUUGUUACUUAUAUCAUUGUUGGAGGAUUGUAAAAUGAUCUGCUUGAGGAACUGUUCGUGCUUAGCUUAUUCAUAUGAUAUUGGUGUUGGGUGUAUGACAUGGGAUGAAAAUUUGGUUGACAUACAACAGUUUACUCAACGUGGUGCAGACCUUUACAUUCGCUUAGCUCAUUCAGACAUUGAUCCUGUGCUAAAGAACAGUACAGAUCCUGCUCGAAAGGACAAUACGGAUCAUGGCUUAAGCAACAAUGGAAUAGUCAUUGUGAUUAUUGCAGUCCUUGUCGGAACACUUGCCAUCAUCAUUUGCACCUACUUAUUUUGGAAGUGGUUGACAAAACAAAGAGGAAAUAUUGCUGCCGAUUUGGGCAACACCCAUGAAGAGACUCCAGAUCAUCCAGAUCAAGUGAAAGUGUUCAAAUUUCAAGAGCUAGCAACUGCUACAGAUAAUUUUACUGGAGCUAAUAUGCUUGGCCAAGGUGGAUUUGGGCAAGUUUACAAGGGAAUGUUAUUUGACGGACAGGAAAUAGCCGUGAAAAGGCUUUCAAAGGGUUCUAUACAAGGUUUAGAGGAGUUUAAGAAUGAAGUCAUGGUGAUCUCAAAAGUUCAGCAUAGGAAUCUGGUUAGACUUUUAGGUUGUUGUCUUGAAGGGGAUGAAAAGAUGUUGAUUUAUGAAUACAUGCCUAACAAGAGCUUGGACGCCUUCCUUUUCGAUCCAACAAAACAGGAACUCUUAGAUUGGAAAAAGAGAUUCCAAAUCAUCGAAGGGAUAAGCCGGGGAAUGUUAUAUCUACACAGAGAUUCUAGAAUGAGAGUCAUUCAUAGAGACCUUAAAGUUAGUAACAUUCUCCUAGACGAAGACCUGAAUCCGAAAAUUUCAGACUUUGGUAUGGCAAGGAUAUUUGGAGGUAAUGAACAGCAAGCAAGUACUAGAAGAGUAGUUGGGACACUUGGUUACAUGCCUCCGGAGUAUGUCUUGGAUGGCCGAUUUUCCGAAAAGUCUGAUGUUUUUAGUUUCGGAGUGUUGCUACUUGAGGUUGUGAGUGGAAGAAAGACAACAAGUUUUCACCAUCUCGAGCAAUCAUUGAGCCUUUUAGGAUAUGCAUGGCAAUUAUGGAAUGAAAGCAAAAUGGAAUUGUUGAUCGACCCUGCGAUACUGCACGAAUCAACUCCCUUAGCAGAAAUUUUCAGAUGUAUUCAAGUGGGACUACUAUGUGUGCAAGAAUGUGCGGUAGAUAGACCAACUAUGUCUACAACUCUUUCUAUGCUAACAAGCGAAAUCACAACUCUUCCUGCUCCGAAACAGCCUGCCUUUAUCGAAAGAAGGGUUCCAAUGCCAUUAGAUUCCUUUGCGCAUAGCUUGGGAGCAGCUUCUGUCAACCAUCUAACUAUGACACAAAUCGAAGGGCGUUGAAUUACGCUUGUUGCUUUUAAAUAGUUUUGUGUUGAAGUGUUUCUGUAUAGGUUCCUUUUGUUUUAAUUUUGAUAUAUAAACUUUGAUGUCAAAAUAUCAUGGUUCUAGUAAGAUAUGUGAACCAUUUUGAAGUGUCUUAUAAGCAGGCUGACAUUGUCUACCCUGCCAAUCAGAAGUGAGAGAUUGUACAAAAAAAAAGAAGUUGCACAUAGAGUUUCGGAGUCCAACUGCAAGUAGAACUAAUGUGUUGAUUGUGCACAACAAGUUUCUGGAACAUUCACAAUGUUAGAUCGAUCGAAAUUGAUUACGUGAAAUUUAAUUCUAGACA